AUGUCGGAUAAAACAAAUCCAAGCACAGCUUCAAGUGAAGCUAAACACGCUUCACCUGAUGAUGAUACAGGUUCGAAACGAGUUGAUACACAAAAUGCUCCAUCGUCAGGUGGUCAUGAAGAAACUGGUGUUGAGAAAUUCGUUUCUACAGGUGGUUCCGGUGGUCAACCCAUUCGAACUGGACAAGGCUUCGAACAUUUAGCGCAACAUCCAUAA